UUUGCCGGCUGACACCAUGAAGCGCUCAGCAUCGCCGCGGCGGUGGUCGUUGGACUCGCUCCAGCACUCGAUCUUCCUCUUGAGGCGGCGUAUUUCAUGGCGAAAGGCAUUUCAAUCCCUUAUUCUUGUGGGUCUGUCUCUGGCUUUCGUGUAUUUCGCUGCCAUGUACCUGUUCGCAUCAUCGUUCCGACACAUCCAUUACGGUGGCCUCGACUUGGACGUGGCUGCCAAGCCUCCGUUAGUAGCCAGGGUGGUCGACGAGCCAGCAUCAUCCAGCACCUCCCUCUCGUUCAAGAUUCUGCAGAUCCCAGACAUGCAUUACACGGGCAACCCCAACCAUCCAUGCCGAAACCCGCCGCCGUCGGCCUUCCCAUGCACGGAAUCUAACAUGACCUCGUUCAUUGCGGCCUUACUCGACCACACAAAGCCCGACUUUGUCGUGUUUACAGGCGACCAAGUCGAAUCCGUCGAACUCCACCAGUCUGUGUAUCAAGUAAACCGAGCGCUAUACGCGUUCAGUACACAAGUGAUCGAACGCAACAUCCCGUGGGCCAUGAUCUUUGGCAACCACGACCAAGGGGAUUCCAUGUCCAAACGUGAAAUGUUUCGGCGCAUCAACGCUUUGCCCCUGUCGUACUCGGAGUACGGGUCUCCGAACCAGGUCAGCAGUAGAGUCGGCAACUACGUGCUUCAAAUCGAAGCCCCCAACGCUGGACCGUGGGGGCCCGAGGGGAAAGCCCUGCUUCGACUGUACUUUCUAGACUCGGAAGAUGGACAGUUCACAAAUGAGCAGCAAACGUACGUCAAGGGCGUUGCCGCGCAACUAGCUCACCAACAAGUGCCUGCGCUCAUGUUUAUUCACAACCCGAUCCCUGAAUACGCCGAGUUUGACCAACAACUGAGUGCAAAGCAACAACUGAGACAGGGUCACCAAGGCGAACCAGUGUCGCAUGCCCACACUAAUAGCCACCUGUUCAAUACCCUCUUGCAGAUGGGCGAUGUGAAAGCGACGUUUGCAGGCCACGACCACUUGAACGACUUUUGCUUUCCGAAACAAGGUUUGCAUUUGUGUUAUGGCGGUGGCGUCGGCUAUGGUGCUGCAUAUGGAAAUGAAGCGAUACCUCGACGAGCGCGAGUGAUUGAAUGGACCUUCUCCCGUCAAGCACAAGCGAUUACGACGCACUUGGUGCAUCGCAGCUCCACCACGGAGGACAUGACCACGGGAGAACCGUAUUUGAUUUAUAAAAAGACGAUCGAGCGACCGUCUAUCGGCAGCUUGCGCGGUGGCGGCGGCGCUUUCUAAGGCGGCGGCGUGGCCAGCGCGUCCACUUGCGCUUGAAUCGCGUCCAGUUGAAUGAAAAAGUCGUACAGUUCUGCA